AUGACUAAUGAUGACCAAAUCCCUCCAGCUUUUGCACUCGCUGGUCUUCGUCCAAGUCACGACAAAUACUUCGCCCAACUCCCUCCAACGUGGGAUCUUUGGCUGGAAGCACUCCGGUUGCUGGUGAGCUAUGGUGCAUCUAUCCACGAGGCCGCGCACGGUAUGAGCUUCAGCGAGCUGAAUGUCGUCCGCGCGGACCGACAGCCACGGACACUCGAGCUCUUCCACUUCCUGCUAGCAGAGGGAUAUGACAGCUUUGACCAUAUGGACGAAAAGGGCUACUUCGCAAUAUUCAACGCGCUCCCGACGACCGACAGCGCGUUGCAGUGCCUUAAGCUGCUAUCUUCUGCUGAUGUGCAUAUGGAUAGAGUCUUUGAUGAUGGCCGAUCAAUCUUCCACCUAGCAGCUGAGCUAGCACAUGAUGUACGUGUUCUAGAGUUCAUUUACGAGAAUGGCGGUUCUAGCGAUCUCGACCGGCAGGACAAAUGGGGCUGGACUCCGCUUCAUUAUGCGGUUAUCUGUGGAAUGGGCAUGAGCGCCCCAGAGUCCUUGCAGAAUGUCAGAUUUCUCGUAGCCAAGGGUGCAGGCCCUGCAUUGAAGGGAUGGAAGAUCCCCCACAUCUUUGCGGGUAUAGAAUUAGCUCAGAGCCGUUUGAUCCUGCUGAACUGGGAAGCUAUUUGUGCCCGGACCUGA